GUUACUGAAAGGGGAGGGGGCUCAGCACCCCCUCCGCCCCCACAGGCCCCAUAAAUAAGCAGUGGUAACAGCCUCAGACACCAGAGACAGUCCUACCCCUGACAGGACAGAUCGCACAAUGGCCCAGAACGUCCGGACCCAGGCCACCUGCCUCCUGCUGCUGCUCCUGGCCAGCAUGGCCAGCGGCGUGGUUCUCCAGCGCCAGACAAGGCAGCCUGCACACCCCCAGGCCCAGGACACAGUGGGAGCCGAGGACGGCCUGACGCUUGGGCCCCGGAGGCUGUCAAGGCGAGACACCCACUUCCCCAUCUGUAUGUUCUGCUGUAACUGCUGUCCCAACAUGAAGCACUGUGGGAUCUGCUGCAAGGCUUAGCCCAGCCGGCAGCCGCCCGCCCUCCUCGCCCCUCCUUAUUUAUUCCUCACGCCGCCACACCCAGCCAGUGGUCUUAGAAUA